CACGCGUACCACGUCUCGCGCUGCUGGGAGUUUCAGUACCGAGACUUCACUUCACCGUCUGCACCUUUACGACGCUCAAGGACAGAUAGACCCAGUGUGGUGGUGUUUUUUAAAUAAAGUGAAGGAAAGCAAGAGAGGAAGAAUUAGGUCAUCGCGCUCUGGUCGAAGUGUUUGGCUCAUCAUGAAGAUGUGCAUGAUAACGCCGAUGCUUUUGCUUGUGCUCUUCGGGCAGUGCGGCAGCCUGGCUGGUAAAGUGAAUAAACACAAGCCAUGGAUCGAGACGUCCUACCAUGGUGUCAUCACCGAGAACAUGGACACCGUCCUGUUAGACCCUCCUCUUGUUGCCUUGGACAAAGACGCCCCUGUCCCCUAUGCAGGAGAGAUCUGUGCUUUUAAGAUUCAUGGGCAGGAGGCCCCGUUUGAGGCAGAGGUGUUAAACAGGACAUCAGGCGAAGGGGUGCUGAGGGCGCGAGGCCCCAUCGACUGUGAGCAGCAGAAGGAGUACACCUUCAUCAUCCAGGCCUACGACUGUGGAGCCAGCCCGAGUGGAGCCAAUUGGAAGAAGAGCCACAAGGCAGUGGUACAUAUCCAGGUGGAUGAUGUAAAUGAGUUCUCCCCAGUGUUCAGGGAGCCACUGUACCAUGCCACGGUAACCGAGGGCAAGAUCUACGACAGUAUCCUGCAGGUGGAGGCUUGGGACCAGGACUGCUCUCCACAGUACAGCCAAAUCUGCAACUAUGAGAUUGUAACACAGGAUACACCCUUUGCUAUUGAUCGCAAUGGCAACAUCAGGAACACAGAGCGACUGAGCUACGACAAACAGCAGCACUACAAAAUCUUGGUGACCGCGUACGACUGUGGCCAGAAAAGGACAACGGAAAGUGUUCCGGUUCAUAUUGACGUCAAGCCAGUUUGCAAGCCUGGGUGGCAAGGUUGGAACAAGCGUGUGGAUUACGAACCUGGAACAGGUAGCAAGCAGCUUUUUCCCAAAAUGCACCUGGAGACAUGUGAUGGACCUUUAUCUUCUGUGCGAGCCAUGGUGGAGCUACAGACCAGCCAUAUUGGGAAGGGCUGUGACAGAGAAACCUAUUCUGAGAAGUCUCUGCAGAAGCUCUGCGGAGCAGCCUCAGGCAGCACAGACCUUCUCCCGGCCCCCAGUGCAGCCACCAAUUGGACAGCUUCCUUGCUGAUGGACAGCGGGCGAGACAGUGACCUCAUCUUCCGAUUUGAUGGUCGACAGGCAGCCAAUAUCCCGGAGUGGGUUGUGCCACAAAACCUGACAGAUCAGUUUACCAUAGCAACGUGGAUGAAGCACGGGCCAAGUCCUGGGCUGAGAGCGGAGAAGGAGACAUUGCUCUGUAACUCAGACAAAACUGAGAUGAAUAGGCAUCAUUACUCUUUAUACGUGCACAACUGCCGCUUGGUGUUUCUACUGAGACGAGACUUUAUUCAGUUGGACUCCUUCAGGCCAGCUGAGUUUCACUGGAAACUGGAGCAGAUCUGUGAUAAAGAAUGGCAUUACUACGUUAUCAAUGUGGAGUUUCCUUCAGUGACGCUUUUCGUAGAUGGAGUGACAUAUGAACCCUACCUGGUGACGGACGACUGGCCCAUCCACCCCUCUGAGAUCGACGUACAGCUUACUGUAGGUGCCUGCUGGCAAGGAGGAGAGGUGACCACCCCACGGUUCACACAGUAUUUCCGUGGAAGCCUCUCAGGCCUGACAAUCCGGCCAGGGAAGAUUGCAACUCAAAAGGUGAUCUCCUGCUUACAGGCCUGUAAGGAGGGCCUGGACAUCAGCUCUCUAGAGAGUCUAGGCAAAGGCAUAAAGUUCCACUUCAAUCCAGCUCAGUCAGUGCUGGUGAUGGAAGCAGAUGACUUGGAGAGCAUCAACACAGCCAUGACCAAAGUCUCCUACAUCAACUCUCGGCAGUUUCCCACUCCCGGUCUGCGCAAACUUCACAUAACCACCACAGUACAAUGUUUCGGUGAAGACACAUGCAUCUCCAUUCCAGACAUAAAGGCGAUGGUGAUGGUGUUGCCACCCAGCGAACCUCGGAUCACCAUCACUGGGGUGGAGCGGCUGGUUUGGCCCGUGGCUCAGCUCCGAGCCCCUGGUGGGGUGGCCCUGUUCAAGGACAUACACAUCAUUAGUACCGUCACCAAGACCGACACUACCCUCAGCAUAGCCCGGAGACCUGGUGUUCUGGAGUUUAUGCAUAACCUAGAUUAUUGUGAUGUGCUCGUGAUCGGAGAGGAAAUGGACCUGGAGCGUGAGAGUCUGGAGAUUCACCACAGCUCUCUCUUAGGCAAACAUCUGGACGCCACCAACUCUACCUCUGGCAUCUCCAUUUAUGGUGUGGACUCCAUGGCACAUUAUGAACAGGCCAUCAGACAGGUGAGGUACCGUAACUGGAACACUGGCAGUCUGUCCGAGAGAAGGUUCCGGCUCAGUUGCUCUGAACUGAAUGGACGCUACACAAGCAAUGAGUUCAACUUGGAGAUCGGAAUUGUUCACAGCUCAGAGGCCGCGGGACAUGUCAAUCACAUGGCUGUCCAAUCCCAGUACAUGAGACCUGUGCAUCAUCCACUGGUGGUGCAUACUGUUAACUCUGACCACAUCUCAGGAACCCCUCCUGCUGCAACAGUGGUAAUUGUGGUGUGUAUUGCCGCCCUGGUGGUCAUUGUGGUCUUUGGCAUCUACCGGAUCCACAUCACCCACCAGGAGGGUUCAAAAGAAGACGAGGAGGCAAGAAAGGACUCAGAGAUGGACUGGAACAACUCCAAUCUUAAUAUCACAGUAAAUCCCAUGGAGAGCAUUGAUGGAACACAGAAUGCUGAUGAGGUUAGGGAGGAGGAGCCAGAGGAAGAGGAGGAUGAAGAGGACGAUAAUGAUGAUGAACUGGCAGGAGAUCUCUCAAGUGCUGAAUCCGAGGACAGUGAUGAAGAGGAAGAGACUGACAUUCAGAAGGGAAAAGUUAAGGGAAGACUGGAGUGGGACCCCUCUACGUUACCCUACUAAAACACACGCACACACAGCCACUCUACACACAAAUGCAUACACAUUCAGACAAGCAAGCACAUUCACAUGCAGACAUAGACUUGUACACACACACACACACACACACAAACAAACACACACACACUUAAUGCCCUCUCACACUUACAGAAGCCAGAAAUAAUUGCCUGAAAAGCUGUCACUCAUCAGUCAUUGCAAUGAGAAACCCUGAUUUUGACAUGCUUUCCAACACCCAUAAAAAGCAUCUCUAAUUCUAUGGCUCCCUCUGUUGGCCAAUAUUUGGAAUUGCACCACUCGUUCCAAACGUUGCAAAGCCUGUUUGUUCUUCAAUAGGUAUAAGCUAUAGUGUCUCAGCAGUUCUGCAAAAAGCCUAUAUAAAACCAACACAAUGCAGUUAAUUGUGAACAUAUGAAUCAACAUCUCUGGGAUAUAUUUUUUAAAAACCUUAUUCUUUUUUUGUGUGUGUGUUUCUUGUUGUUUAAUCAGAAUAUGUUCUAACAUCAUGAUGUUUUCUCCCUUUCUGAAAUACUAAACUGUAAUAUUUGACAGCGUGUGGCUAUGCCUUCGCCAUUUGUUGUUUGUUAUCUUCAGAGUAACACCUAAUAUUGCACUGAUGUGCAAUAGUAAAUACCCAAAGUUGUUUUUUGCAAUGAAAGUAAAAGUAUAUACAGUACAUAAUAAUGAUAUUUUCCUCAUUUGAAAUAUAGCAAAUAUGUUUAAUUUAGAUCCUCAGAGAGAUUUUGAUUAAAGCAGUUCUCUUUAAGCAAAAAUAUGUCAUAAUGAGAUGACAUUUAAAAAAUACUUUUUUAAUAGUUUUUUUUUUUUUUCUCUCUCUCUCUGUUUGGGUUCUUGGUGGUAAGAAGGAGAAAGAGUGUCUGUACAUUUUUAUAUGCCUGUCUUCUGUAAAUAGGGAACUGUAGAGUAGUUGAAUGGUGACUCAGACUCCUCACGUCCUCCUGCAUAUAUACACACAGCCUGUUUGUGUCCACACUUGCUUGCUGAAAAGGAAGGGUUCUUCCUUCUUCUGUCUGUGUUGAUCUCUCUCUUUUAUCGUUCAUGUCUCACCUCAACUGUUGAUGGGUUCUUCCUCACUCCACCUCAAAUAGAAAAACAAAUCUAAACAGACUUAAAACAAGAUAAUAUUAAUUUAGAAGCAAAGUUGUGUAAGAUAAGACAUGGUUUAAAGCAAGGGGUAAGCCAGCAAAUUACUUUUGGGUGGGCCUCAAUAAAAAUGAAUGCCAAAUUUUUUUUUUUUUUACCAAAUUUUCCUUAAUAACAGAAAGGCACAUUCAAAUUGUGCCACCCACCCCACCCCACAGACACACACGCACACUUUCAGAAAUCAGAAUUUAUGCAUUUUUCCAACUGUUUUAUAAUUAUAUAUUUGAAGUCAAAGAAUAAUCUGUAAUAUUCUGGGUGGGCCUGGGUCUAAUUUGGUUGGUCCCGGCCCACCCUUGGCAAUGCCACUGGUUUAAAGAAUAUAAAAUAGAGAUUUAAAUAGAGAAUUUAAGUUUCAAGCAUAAAGCUGAAAAAACUUAGUGAGGUUCAGUGUUGGGUUACUCAAAAAGUAAUCCACUAUAAAUUACUAAUAACUGUUCAUAUUUUAAUCAGAUUACUUUACUGAUUACUUCUUUGAAAGUAAACAGAUUGCAAAUUUACUUUUAUAAACAUGUUACUAUUACUUUUUAAAACACUUUUUACAGAAACGUUUUUGUCUUUCUGCCCAACAAAUUAAAAUUAAUGUCUAGAUUUUAUCCUUUUUCAUUGUCGCACCUUUCAGCUGUUACAGAAACAUAAAGAGACAUCAUAUUGUAAAUGUAUUAUACAUAAAUAAUAUUAUUUUAGAAAUGUGUAACCCAACUAAUGUACUUAAAAGUAAUUACCUUAACUGAAAUUAACUAACUGUAAUCUGGUUACACAUAUUUUAAAUGUUGCACUACGUUUUGACUUAAAAAGUUUACUUUGUAGUCAGAAUUACACCCAACACUGGUUAGGUUUAUGCUAAAAUAGCAGUUGGUUUAUAUUCUCUGAAAUCAUGUCUCACAUAGUCUAAGAAAUUAAGAAAAUCAAAGAAAGUAAAUGGAUCUUGUUUUUUGAGGAUGUUUAGACAUUUUAAUGGGAAAACUAUAUAUAUAUAUAUAUAUAUAUAUAUAUAUAUAUAUAUAUAUAUAUAUAUAUAUAUAUAUAUGUGU